CAUUACCAUGAGCGCUCCUACAUCCAAUCCGUUAUUACGGGUGGAAACAACCGAAUCAACUGAAGCAACUUCUUCAACAACUGAAGCAAUGCCCUCAACAAGCGAAGCAAUGGCAACUGCUGAAACAACAUCGGAGAGCACUACAGCUUCCGACAUGACGGCAGAAACAACCGAAGCAACUGAAGCAACCCUUCAACAACUGAAGCAAUGCCCUCAACAAGCGAAGCAAUGGCAACUGCUGAAACAACAUCGGAGAGCAGUACAGCUUCCGACAUG